CCGGUAAAGAUUUUAUUAAAAUUUGGACCGGGACCGGCUGCUCUACAACCGGGUCGGACCCAGUGACAAAUAUCCUAAUCGGAAUUCUUCGCAGCUCUCUCUCUUGCCGGUGUCUUGUGUACGUCGGCGAAGCUUACAGUGGUGUUAUUUGAACACAGGCGUUAAGAAAAUUGGAGGGAAGCCCUCCCGUAUCAACCUUUGAACUCACCGUGUCAGGCCUUACUUCUUCUUCUGCUACCCGUAAACGAACGACGAUGAAGCUUCGGUAUGCAAUGGUGUGCUCGUCGAAUCAGAAUCGGAGCAUGGAGGCGCAUUUGCUUCUCAAGAGGGAGGGUUUCGAUGUCUCCUCCUACGGGACUGGCCAGCACGUGAAGCUCCCCGGACCUUCCCUCAGAGAACCCAACGUAUAUGACUUCGGCACUCCUUAUAAGCUCAUGUUCGAUGAACUCCGUCGCAAAGACCAGGAAUUGUACAAGAGAAAUGGGAUACUGCCCAUGCUAAAAAGAAAUUUGGGUGUAAAGCUUGCACCUCAACGUUGGCAGGAUAAUGCGGAUGAUGGGCCUUUUGAUGUAGUGCUUACUUUCGAAGAGAAGGUGUUUGAUAUGGUGAUUGAAGACCUCCAUAACCGUGAUCAACCUCUCAUGAAGCUUGCUCUAGUAAUCAAUCUAGAAGUAAAAGAUAACCACGAAGAGGCAGCAAUAGGAGGACGUCUUGCUUUAACAUUGUGCCAAGAGAUUGAUGCUGUCGAAAAUUGGGAGGAGACAAUUGAUAGUAUUGUCAACAAUUUUGAGAGAAAGAAUCGUAGGAAGCUCCUCUACAGUAUCACAUUUUACUGACAUCACACCCAUGAUGUACAACAAUCAGUUUCUUACAAGUUUUUUGCACACCAUGAUGUUUUGCCAAUCUGAGAAGUAGAUUGUGAUGAUCUCCAGAAAGUCAUGUUUAUCACUUUGUAGUAGCCUUGGCAAUUUGCCAACUUGGAUUGUCCAAGGCAUCUGGAUAUCUCAAAGUAUUGAAACAUUCCAUUGCAUUUUCUUCAUGUGUGCCUCUUCACCCUGCAGAUUGUGCUAUGGUUAUGAAAUCACUAAGCAAACUAUGUAUUGCGAAAGAUAGGAAAGGGCGGAUUCCAUGCCAGUCUACCAUGACAAGGAGAGUAGGUUUGAUCUGCCAUGUUUCACUUAUCUCUUCGCCUGGAAGAAAAGAUUUUUCAUGCACUCUGCUUUCUGAAUGCCUGCACUAAUUUGGGAUAAAGAGAAUGCUGCUCAUCUACGAACCAAUAAAGGCUUCAAUUGGAUUUAUAUAUAUGACUGAUUGAUAAAUUCAUGAGCAAUUUCUGAAAAGAUGGACCUCCAAGGGAUACUUCUCACAUUAUCCUUCCUUUUGGGAUGGUUUAAGUUGAAGAGAGAGGAAUUUGAGGGGUUUUAGGAUUGAUGAUCUUGUCGCCCUCGCUUAGUCAGCAUAAAGUAAUGCCUCAAAUAAAAGAGUUAAAAUAUGGUUUAAGUUGUCUAAUUAAGUGGUUGUUCUCCCAACAUUUGUGUAUAGUGGGCCCAUGCUUGAGGGGUAUUUUUAUGGGGGUUUUUCAAAAAUAUAACCAAAAUAAAACUUAAUUACAGAAAUAUGACUAAUAGUUA